ACACAGGUCUCUUCAACCCCCUUGUUACGUAUUCUACUCCUAAUAGUACAGCUAGGGUUACAGGGUACUCCUAAUAUAUAUCAUUAUUAUAUCUCUGUUCGUUGUUUUAGUUUGUUCUGUGCAUGAUGAAGCUUAGGGAGAGAAAGGGUUGCGAGAGAGACGAGAGAGAUUGCGAGAGAGACGAGAGAGAUGGCGAGAGGAAGAGAGAGAGGCCAAGAAAGGUGCACGAGAGAGAUGGGGGGAAAGAGUGGGCUGUGUACAAGAGGAGAGAGAUGAAGAAGAGUGUGAAAGAGGGGCUUAGGGAUGAUGAGGUGGUGGUGUACAAGAGGAGGAAAGUGAGAGAUGGGCCUCUAAGUGAUGAUGACUUGGGGGGCAAGAAAAUGAGAUAUAUCAAGGAUCUUGAGAUGGAAAGUAGUGCUCAAGUUGAGAAAGAAGAUGGUUUUGAUGGGAUUGAGAGAGAUGUUGAGAGAGAUGAUCAAGUGGGCAAGGAGAAUAAGGUUCUUAGGUUGGUUCCCAAAAGGGCUGCUAUGAAGAAAGCUGAAAUCUUGAUUAAGUCUUGUCAUGGUCUUCUUGAUGGAACUGGUUCAAGAAAUCUUGGCACCAAAUUGAAGAGAACUACAGAGAGAGAUCAUGGAGAGAAGGAAGGAAAGAGAUCUCUUAGAGGGAAGAAUAAGGAGGUACAGGGGAAUGAGAAGGUUUUGAAAUCAAAUAUGUGCCAUCAGUGCCAAAGGAAUGAUAGUGGCCGGGUUGUGGAGUGCAGUGCUUGCGAACAGAAGCGAUACUGUGAGCCUUGUAUGAAAAAAUGGUAUCCUAAGAUGACUGAAGAGGAUUUUGCCAUAAAAUGCCCAGUAUGUCAAUUUAACUGCAAUUGCAAGCGGUGCUUGCGUUUAGAAGUACUGGUCAAAGACAGGGAGAGGUUCAAGGUUAAAUUCAGCCCUGAAGAAAAAAUUCGGUACUCUAGGUAUAUCUUAUCAAUGCUUCUCCCUUUCCUCAAACAAUUUAACAAGGAGCAAUUGAUGGAAAAACGUAUAGAAGCAAAGAUCAAAGGACUUCCAAUAUCAAAAAUUGAAGUGCAAAAUGCAAACUGUAAACCAGAUGAGCGAAUGUUUUGCGACAACUGUAGAACUUCUAUCGCUGACUUACACAGAAGCUGUCCAAACUGUAACUAUGACCUUUGUCUCUCCUGUUGCUCGGAGAUAAGGGAUGGAUGCCUUCAAGGAAGCAAGGAGAAAGUGAGUAUGCAAUUCACCGACCCCGGGAAAGAUUAUUUGCAUGGAAAAAAGCCUCAUCCUUUACAAUCACUACCUGCUAAAAAUAGUGGCAGAGGUCACCAAAAGUCAGCAGACGAAUGGAAAUCUCAUGAGAAUGGGAACAUACCUUGCCCACCAAAAGAAAUGGGUGGCUGUGAUCAAGGAAUUUUAGAGUUGAGAUUCAUAUUAGGAGAUAAUUAUGUCCAUGACUUAUGCAAAGAGGCUGAAAAUCUUGCCAAGACGCAUAAACUUCAUGUUUGUAAUACUCAGGACCAGCAGUGUUCUUGUUUCAAUAUUAGUGCUGGUGGUAAAAAGAAUUUACUAAAAGCUGCUUGUCGUGAAGGUUCUGAUGACAACUUUUUGUACUUUCCGACUGCUUUAGACUUGAGACCAGGAGAACUUGGACAUUUUCAAUGCCACUGGCUCAAAGGUGAACCAGUUAUUGUCAGAAAUGUUCUUGCAACUACGUGUGGUUUGAGCUGGGAACCAAUGGUUAUGUGGCGUGCGUUCCGACAAAUAAGAAACCGAAAGCAUGAUCAGCUUCUGGACGUGGCUGCCAUCAACUGUUUGGAUUGGUGCGAGGUAGAUAUAAAUGUACAUCAUUUUUUCAGUGGAUACUUGAAUGGCAUAUAUGAUAGUGAUGGAUGGCCCAAACUUUUAAAGUUGAAAGACUGGCCUCCAUCUAGUACAUUUGAGGAGCACUUACCACGUCAUUGUGGUGAGUUUCUCAAUAGUCUGCCUUUCAAAGAAUAUACAGAUCCACAUGCAGGGUACCUAAAUCUUGCCGUUAAGUUGCCUAAGGAUUCACUGAAGCCUGAUAUGGGGCCAAAAACAUACAUUGCUUAUGGAUUUUCUCAAGAAUUGGGACGCGGCGACUCUGUAACAAAACUCCACUGUGAUAUUUCUGAUGCGGUCAAUGUGUUGACUCAUAUAUAUGAAGUGACUCCUAGUUCAGAUAAUCUUUCAAAAAUUGAAACAUUGAAGCAGCUUCAUGAUUCACAGGAUCAAACAGAAAUUUGUGAGAAUGAAAAGAAAACAAAGAUGAAAAUGAAUGGUGUUGGAUCUUGUAGUGACCAUAUACAAGAUAUGAAAUGCUCAGAUGGUGGUGCUCUGUGGGACAUUUUCCGGAGGCAAGAUGCACCCAAGUUAAAGGAAUAUCUAAGAAAGCAUUUUAAUGAAUUCAGGCACAUAUACUGUCUUCCGCUGGAACAGGUGUUCGACCCUAUUCACGAUCAAACUUUUUACUUGACCAUAGAGCAUAAAAAUCAGCUGAAGGCAGAAUAUGGAGUUGAACCAUGGACAUUUGUUCAAAAACAAGGAGAUGCUGUAUUUAUACCAGCCGGCUGUCCUCAUCAAGUCAGGAAUUUAAAGUCAUGUAUAAAGGUUGCUCUCGACUUUGUCUCACCUGAAAAUGUUAAUGAGUGCAUCCGACUAACUGAGGAGUUCAGGGCUUUACCCGAAAAUCACAGGUCUAAAGAAGACAAAUUAGAGGUGAAGAAAAUGACAAUAUAUGCAGUGAAACAAGCUGUUAAGGAUUUUGCUGAAAUUGAAGGCGUAAUAUAAUUAUCAGCAGACAUGCAAGCUGCACAUCGAAAGUACUCUGAACUAGGUUUGUGUUUGUCUGGUUUUUGUGUACAGAGUUUGUUGGAAGCUUUUGCCAUAAUGAAUAUGUCGAAAGUACUC